UAGUUGAAUGUUGAAGGUUGAAUGUUAUAUUAUUGUUGUGAUCUUGUGAACGUGAAUUGUGCGUUGUAUCAGAAUAAACAGCUUAAAUAUUACCGAUAUAAUAAUAAUUAAGUUAUUUACCUCUUCUGUUUUAACAUUCUACAUAAAUAUGUUGACAUAUUCAAUUAAUUUCAAACUGAAAUAAUGGUCAGUUUAUCAAGAAGCUACAAUACAAAUUCUGGAUAAUCAUAUUUCAGGGAGCUACGUUCUUUAGUGAAUCUGUAAAUAUGGAAGACAGGGAACACCUCCAGCCAAUAUUAGAAUCCUAUGGAGUUUUCAAACCUUUAAAUACUAUUCCAGCAUUUGGCAUUCAUUUAUUAUUUACGUUAGCACUAGAUAUAGUUUCUAUUGUAUAUGUUGUACUGCAUCCUGAUGAGAAAAGUAAAUGCAAGGAAUACUUUAUAGUAAUUUAUAUACAUAUUGGUCUGUGGUUCUUAACAUUAGUUGUUGAUCAGAUUGUCAAAAUCAAACACCAUCGAGUGAGAUUAAACGGCUAUUUAGAAUUUUAUCAGAAAAUACGAGUACAUGCCUGUCUUCCCAUAUAUAUUGUUAGUUUAUGGAGUGUGAUAAUAAUGUUUGUACAAACAUUAAUGCAGCAUUUCUAUCCAGAUAAUUUUGCAGAGAAAUGUUUACAAGGUGGUGUAAUGUCUCCCGUUGCCUAUAUUUGUGCAUUAAUUACACUUGAAUUCUUUAUAAUAGCUGGAAUUAAUAUAAGUUAUAUGUUAAAAGUUAGUAAUUUUAAUAAAAUACGCCCGCCGCCAGAUGUACAAAAAGAAGAAUGGACUGCCUGUACAUCUCCAGAAAAUUUUAGUCAAAAUGAAAUUGGAUACAAACAACUAGGAGAUAAAGUGUAUGAUUUCUUAGAAAAACAAGCCGACUUAAUACGACAUUUAAAAGAACAUAAUGCAAGAUUAGGAGAAAAAUUAAUGAUUUUAAGUGCUCAGUUGCAACAAGCUCGAAGAGACAGGGAUGGAAAUUAAUUGGUCCUUGUAGAAUAUACUAUUUAGAUCUGACAAUUCUCCAAAUGUAAAUAUAACGAUAAUGAAGUGCUAAUUUAUAGUGAGAUAGUGACAAAUUGUCCAUAAAUAAAUCCGCGGAUUUAUAUACGAUUAAAGUGAUAUACUUUCGUGGAACUAAAAUACUUAUAUUUACUGGAAAACUAAUAUAUAACAUUUUCACACCCCAUAUUAAACUAUUGAAGAAUUUAUGAUUAGGAUUGAAUUUUGCAUAUAAAUAUUUUUAUGCCUUCCUAUAGGAAUUUAUAUUUACAUUGGUACUUUUUUUGUGUAUUCUGACUGAUAAUUAUGGAAGAGAGUGAAGGGAAACCUAAAACAUGGGUUUAAAAAAAAUUAGCCAUACACUGUUUGCUGCUCAGCAAUUCUUUAAAAGUUGUUCAUUUGGCAUGUUGACAUUUAAUUUCUGUGUGAUUAUUUACAAAGAAUUAAAAUUAUGGUUUAAUUUAUUGUGAGGGUGUAAUACAGUAGAACCCCAAUUAUCCGUGAUGAAAACAUUUAUUUUUUACAUAAGAAAAGGAGCAAUACAUAGGUAAACAUGCACAAAAUCAUUGAAAAUGCAAUUUACAUACAUUUAUUUUUAAGUACCUAGUUAUACUUUUUAAACAGUCAGUCAUUUUGGUCCGUAUUUAACUUUUUCUGUUUUUCUUUAUUUUCUGACGUAUUUUACGUAAGUUUAAAAUGUCGACUUACUCAAAAUAGGCUAAUAGAAUAUUUGCAACUUCUGCAGAUUAGAAGCGUUAGCCACAACACAUGAUGUUAUAUGGUCUUUACUGAACAAAAACACAAAAUAAUGUAUCACUUCCUAGAUAUAGCACGGAUAAUCCGCAUCCCGGACAAUCCGCACAAGGGUAAUCGGGCUUCUACUGUACUCAAGUUUUAAUAUAUAUUAUUUUUGCGUCAGGCUUAGUGUUAGUACCUAGAUUUUAUAAUAUAUGUAUACUAAUGAAUGCCGAAUAACUGAUAGUUACCACAUUUUAUUUAAAAUAAAAAAUAAAUGCAGCUUUGUUAUACAUUU